UCAAUUCAAGAUACCCAGUUUGUAUAACCUCUGAUCUCAUGAAAUAGCUGAUUUAGUCUUGUCAUAUUUCCAAAGGUACCAAGGAAACAAUGACUGGUGACAAGUUACCUAAUAAUUUAGAUUUAUUUAAAAUCAUUGGCUACUCAAAGGAAUAUCUAUUUGGUGGUUGUGCAACAGCUACAGCAGGUCUCUUCACAAACCCAUUGGAUCUUGUGAAAACACGAUUUCAACUUCAAGGAGAGUUGAAGACACGCGGUGCUUAUGAAGUGAAGUAUAAAAAUAUUAUCGAUGCCUUCAUCAAAAUUAGCCAACGCGAAGGAAUCACUGGUCUUCAGAAGGGUUUGUCUUCAGCCCUUGCUUAUCAAUUGGCUAUGAACAGUACACGGCUUGGUACUUACCAAACCAUAACUAAUUCUGGUAUUACCACAAAUAAUUCAGGUGAACAAACAUUUUGUAAGCUUGCUUUAGCAGGAGCAUUUUCGGGGUGCUGUGGAUCUAUACUUGCCAAUCCAUUUUACUUGGCUAAGGUACAAAUGCAAUCUGCAGCAAAUCCUUCCAUAGCUGUUGGAUAUCAACACAGCCACUCUGGUCUUAUGCAAGCUCUAUCUACAGCAUACCGUUCUUCUGGAGGUCUAACUCAAGGCUUGACUAGUGCAAUGGCAAGGGUCAGUGUUGGAUCAGCAACUCAACUGGCUACAUUCACCAGGAUUAAGCAGAUUUUGAUUGCUGCGAAUGUUACGGAGUCUGAGUUUGGCAUUGUUUGUAUGGCAAGUGUAUGUAGCAGCUUGGCUUUGACUCUCACCAUGACUCCAUUUGAUGUUGUUGCAACGAGGAUGUUCAACCAGAAGCAUGGACUGUACUAUGAUGGCUUUUUGGACUGUAUCACAAAAAUGUACAAGCAUGAGGGAGUGGCAGGGUUCUACAAGGGAACAUUUGCUCACUUUUUUAGGAUUGGUCCCCACUCCAUACUCACUUUGACAAUAUGGGACAGGUAUAGAACGUGGUUCUUGUAAAUAAUUGUCUUAAAACUAAAUUACAAUUUCAUAGUAAUUUUCAUAUAAUGGUAUACAUAUUUUUAUAAUUAUAAAUUCGGUUUUUAUAUUUCAGUUAGUUAUAUUUAUAUUAUGAUUAUCAACAUUGUUAAGACAAGUUAAAUUGAGCGAUAUAUUUUCAAUUUCUGUCAACUCAAACAUGAUUGAAAGGGAUUAGUUAAUUGAUGGUGAUUCGUGCAUUGAAAACAUGGUUUCAAAAAUAUUUUUAUGAAACAGAAACGCAAAUUUUGUAUAGCUGGGUAGGAAGGGAAAGAUAUGAAUAUUUUGGUUUUUGAAAACCUUUGUUUCGUUCAAAAUCUUAAACGGCUUGAUAGGAUCUUAUUCAAAUUGAAAACAUAAUAAUACCAAUCAAUUGGCACUGCUUUACCAAUGAUUACAGUUGAUAGAAAUUUAUUUACCACGAUUAUUGCUCAUGAAAGAAUUUGCUUGCUUUUUGUGUUUUAUUUUUACUUUUUAUAUGUAGCUAUCAAGGAAUGUCUUUGACUUAGAAUAGAGUUAGAAUAGAAUUAGAAAAGGAAGUUGUAUGUUUAUGUUAUUUUGUAUUUUUUAUUUUAUACUUUAUAUUAUUUAUUUUACAGUUUUGA